UAGUUACAUCUAUAGUACCUACUCAAAUUAAUUCAUUCCUUUGCCUUUUAAUUUAUAUAUUUUAAAAUGGUUGACAAUAAACCUUUGAUUAGAAGGCGUGCCUCAUUAAAAGCUAAGCUUACGCUAUUUGAAAGCCACCUAACAACUGUCGAAAGUUGUGAUCGCUUGAGUAGACUACAACUUACAGAAUUAAACGACCGAUUGUCUAAAAUCGAAGAAAUUUAUUCUGAAUUUGACUCCGUUCAGUGUGAUAUAGAGAAUGAAUUGGAAAUUCCAGAUGAGCAGUAUAAAGAACGCGAUGCUUUCGAGAGCAAGUACUUCGGGCUCGUCGCGCGCGCACGCGAGCUGCUGUCGGCGGCCGCGCCGGCGCCGGCGCCGGGCGCCUCUGCGGGCAGAGUUCCAGGCUGUCGCUCGGACCCUGCGGCGAUACCUACUCUCUCACGAUAUAUGAGGAUUCAACAAUUGAAAGCCCAUUUCUGGUCCCGAUAUUAUACAGAGUACAUUACAGAGCUCCAGAAACGACAGAAAUGGCGCAAACAAGGACAGCAACUCCAGCUAGGAGAAAUGGUGCUGGUGAAAGAUGACCGGCUGCCUCCCAACCGAUGGCUGCUGGGGCGCGUAACGCGCCUCUAUCCCGGCUCCGACGGCGUGACCCGCGUAGCCGACGUCAACACCACUUCGGAAACUCUUCGACGAGCUUUCAACCGACUGUGCCCCCUACCAGUCAUGGACACGAACUUCGUUCCUGGGGCCGCAACAUGUUAACGCCUAGCAUGUGUUUGUGUGAACGAUUGAUGCACUCACACACGCAUACGUCAAAGAACCUGCCCUAUCGACGCGAGCCGACUGCUUUACCGACCGGGCCGCGUCCUUCACUCGUCCUCAAGCCACGAAAACGAAAACGUGCUACUUUCUUAUACAAUUUUAUU